AUGAAUAAGUUUGUGGUUUUAGCCUGCCUGGCAGCAGUGCUCGGCUGCGCAACGGCGCGUCCUGAUCUCAGUCGUCAGGCCUACCACUAUGAUGUUGGCCACAACACCGGUGUGGUGUCCACCCCAUUGAUCACCACAAGCAGCUCAUAUCAGCCAACGGCAUCGGGCAGCGGCUACUAUAACAAUCUGCCAUCGGUGGGUCAAUUGGGUCUGGUGGGCAACUCGGGCCUUGCUCCAUCAUCGCAGGUUAGCUCCGUGAACGGUGUCCAAUAUACUGGCCAGACCACCUAUUCGAAUGGCGGUGGUGGUGUCACUUACUCCAAUGGCGGUGGCGGUGGCGGCUCCUACUCCGGCGGCGGCAUCGGUGGCGGCAUCGGUGGCGGCAUCGGUGGCGGCUCCUAUUCCAGUGGUGGUGGCGGUGAUUAUGGCAACUACGGUGUCGGAGUUGGCAGCAGCGGUAUUGUGAACGAUAAUAUUGGUUUGGCUGGCAUUCAUCCGGGCCCGGAAGUCAACUACAAGGAACAGGAGAAAUAUAUCAGCCAUUUGGCCAACUUCCAGCCCCCGGUGAUUAGCAAGCAUUUCUAUUUGCACACCGCUCCCGAGGAUCACGAUGACCAGCAGAUUGUGCGCUAUGUGAAUGUGGGCAGGCCACAGAAGAACUAUCGUGUGGUGUUCAUCAAUACACCCGCAUCGACCACCAGCAAGGCCAAGAUCAUUGCCAAUAUUGCACCCGUCGAGGAGAAGACAGCCAUCUAUGUGCUGGCCAAGAAAUCGAAUGCUCUCGAUGUCAGUGCCGAGGUGGUUACACAGCGUCCCGUCAGCCACAAGCCAGAGGUGUUCUUCAUCAAGUACAAGACACCAGCGGAGGCGGCUCAUGCCCAGCAGAUCAUUCAGGCCAACUAUGAUGCUUUGGGCGGCAGCUCGCAGUCUACUGAUGAGGGUCUGGUGCCUGCCUCCUCGGUCAUUAACAGCUUGGGUGACAAUGGCGCCUCUGGCGUUCUGUCCGAUGGCUCCGGUGGCGUCAACAUUAUUGGCACUGGCGGUGCACCAAUUGUCGAUACCAUCGUCGGUGGUGCCAAUAACGGUGGUGCUUUGCAGUUCGAUGGCAGCGGCAGCAGUAACACCCAAACCACUGUCAGUGGUGGCAAUGGUCUCAUUGGCGGUGGUGGCAGUGGUCUCAUUGGCAACAAUGUUAUCCAAACCACUUAUCUGCCCGCCAAGCCAAUCAGGUCGGUCAAGUACUAA